AUGUCCAGUUAUGUAAAAUUCAUGAAAGACAUUUUGUCUAAGAAGAGAAACAUGGGAGAAUACGAAACUGUGAAAUUAACUAAAGAGUUCAGCGCCAUUCUACAAAGGAAACUCCCACAGAAGCUGAGAGAUACUGGGAGUUUUACCAUACCAUGCACUAUUGGGAAUUUUGAGAGUAUGAAUGCUCUAUGUGAUUUGGGGGUGAGCAUUAAUCUGAUGCCGCUUUCUAUUUUCAAAAGAUUGAAGUUGGGGGAAGCAAGGCCUACCACAAUGACUUUACAACUGGCAGACAAAUCAUUAGCAUAUCCUCGAGGUAUUAUAGAAGACGUUCUGGUAAAAGUGGAAAAGUUCAUCUCCUAG